CCUCCCUCUUCCUCUCUGUCUCUGCUAGGUGCAGCAUGUAUGUGAGCGUGUGUGAGCCAGCAGAGCUGCCUGUGUGUUUACAUGUCAGCCUAUCAGUGCUGCCGGAUUUAGCGCAUCUGGAGAGGACGGAGGCAUUUUCUCAAAUGCCCCUCAGACAAGGGAUUCACAUCUCUGCAUAUAUCCCUCUUUCCCAUUUGAAUCUAGCCUGUCUUGAAUCCUGCAUCCCUGUCUCCAUGCUUUCGGAGGCAUUUUGAAUUUCCUUGGCAACAUGGAGCUGCCUGAAUUAGAAUUCUCUGCAUGACAGUCCUGGUAAGCAGUAGGAUGGUGUUUGGAGAGGCAGGAGGGCACAGCUACUUGGUGGCGUGCUGGCAGCCCAUCCUGUUCCUGAUGCUGGGCACCGUCCUUUCUGGCUCCACCACUGGUUGCCCUUCCAGAUGUGACUGCAACGCUCAGGAGCGUUCAGUCGUGUGCCAUCGACGGAGACUGGCAAGUCUUCCUGAGGGCAUCCCCACUGAAACGAGGCUGUUAGACCUCAGCAAGAACCGUCUGAAGACCCUGGGGCCUGAGGAGUUCAUUAAUUAUCCUCAGCUGGAGGAACUGCAACUUAACGAAAACGCAAUUUCUUCCAUUGAGCCUGGGGCUUUUGGCAACCUCAUGAACCUUCGGACGCUAGGUUUGCGCAACAAUGAGCUAAAGCUUAUUCAGCUAGGGGUGUUCACAGGCCUGAACAACCUCACCCAGCUGGAUAUAAGUGAGAACAAAAUUGUCAUUCUGCUCGAUUAUAUGUUCCAGGAGUUGUACAACCUGAGGGCUCUGGAAGUUGGUGACAAUGACCUCGUUUUUAUCUCACCCCGAUCAUUUCACGGACUCAGCAACCUUGAAAGUCUCAAUAUUGAGGGAUACAAUCUGGCCUCAGUGCCCACUGAUGCCCUUAGCCAUUUGCAUAACCUGUUGUCGCUUCGAUUACGCUAUCUCAACGUCACUGUCAUAAGGGAUUACUCCUUUAAGAGGCUAUAUCGACUAAGAGUACUGGAGAUAUCUCACAUGCCUUCUCUGGAUACCAUGACCCCAAAAUGCUUGUUCGGACUCAAUCUCACUUCAUUAUCCAUCACAAAUUGUAAUCUUACUGUCAUCCCCUACCAAGCUGUCAGUCACCUGAGAUAUCUUCGUUUUCUCAAUCUGUCUUUCAAUCCCAUUCACACUGUGGAAGGGAACCAGCUGUUCAAUCUACAGAAGCUCCAGGCUUUUCAUUUGGCUGGUGGAAAAUUAGUUGCCAUUGAGCCCUACUCCUUCAAAGGCCUCAACCACCUCCGUGUACUCAAUGUAUCCAGCAAUGCCUUGAGCACUCUGGAGGAGUCUGUUUUUCACUCAGUUGGAAACCUGGAGACACUGGCAUUGUAUGACAACCCACUGGCCUGCGACUGUCGUUUGCUCUGGGUCUUCCGUCGGCGAUGGAGGCUCAACUUCAACAGGCAACAGCCCAUGUGUGCUUCACCAGAGGUUGUGCAAGGAAAAGAGUUUAAGGAUUUUCCAGACAUACUCCCUCCUGACUAUUUCAACUGCAAAAAAUCAAAGAUCGAGGAUUACAAGGUUCAAGAAAGCCACGUAGACGAAGGAACUACAGUUCAUUUUGCUUGCCAGGCUGAGGGUGAUCCAGUUCCUGUGAUAAUGUGGCUGUCCCCAAAAAAGGAAUACAUCAGUACCAAAACGAUGAGGUCAAGACUUUCUGUGUCUAAUGACGGUACUUUGGAGGUGCGUUACGCCCAAAUCCAGGACAAUGGCACCUACACGUGCAUUGCAAGCAAUGCGGCAGGCAACGACACCAAAGCUGCUCACCUUUUUGUGCAUAGCUACUCCCCGAAUUGGCCCCACCAACCAAACAAGACAUUUGCCUUCAUUUCCAACCAGCCUAGCGAUGAAGGUGCUAAUGUGACCCGGGCCACAGUUCCAUUUCCAUUUGAUGUAAAGACACUUAUUAUUGCAACCACCAUGGGAUUUAUCUCUUUCCUUGGAGUGGUCCUCUUCUGUCUUGUAAUAUUGUUCCUCUGGAGUAGAGGGAAAGACAAUACAAAGUCAAGUAUAGAGGUUGAAUAUGUGCCACGUAAAGAGGAAACAGAGGAGGCCAGCCCAACUGAGGCCCCAGUACAGUUCAACAUGAAAAUCAUGUGAACCUCAAAAGGACAUCAUGUAAGCUUACAAACUGCAGUCGAGAUGCAUACUAUACUUGCUUCAAAUAUGUACUCUCUUUAUGAGCGAUAGAAAUUGCACAGCAGAAACGCAUCUUGACUAUAUACCCUAGACUUUUUUCUUUCUUUUUUUUACUUCAGGGACUGAACCUUUCAAAACAAAAAAUGUGUGAAUUUGAAAUAUUCUAAUUUCUGUAAAUUUGUAUUGGCAAUACUCAAUCAGUAUGUUAACAUGCACUCAUUAAUUUUGUGUGUCUAACAAAAUUGAGGCAAUAUUUUAAACAAAGCACAUGGACUACAGUUUACAAGAUAGAGGGAUUACUAUCUGGAAGGACUGGGAGAUUAACCUGCAAGUCGUUCUAUCUGCAGAAAAAAGACUUGUUGUUAGCAUCUUGUUCCUGUUUGCUGAUUUCUGCUUUGAUGGAUAAACAAAGCACAGUAACCAAUUAUUAGAGCCCAGGUUCUGCUUCUUACAGGGCAAAGUUGAAAGCUGCUUCCUUUUGUCCCAUCACUAGCAGCUGACAAGUAAGACUUGAUAUUUUUAAUUUUAGAUAUCCAGAAAAAACAGAAGAAAGUGAGAAUAGUUAACACUGCUAAAUUUGACAGAUAAAGAAGCAAGUCAUUUUUACACACAGUAAGUAUAAAAAAAAAUCAGAAGGUCAUAUGAGGACAAAGAAGUUGUAAUUUUACCAGAAAGCACAUUUUUGCAUCCCGUUUCUCUGAAAUUUAAACAUCAUUAAGAAUCAGUUGGCAGGUUAGAGACAGAGGAAGUAAGUGUUCUUCACCACCUGCUGUGUGUCAGUGAGCUGUGGCCUUUUAACUAUUUUCCAAAAUCAUUAAAUUGUGUUUUGAAGUUUUCUCUGUGUUCUCUGCUAUGUUUUUCCUUUAGAAGCCAUGUCUAAACACUUCAAAUGCUAGGUUGCAUCGCAAUUAAUUGUCACAGACAAGUCAUUUUUGUGAACUGGCUCAUUUUUACUGUGUCAUGAAGUUUCAAUACCUGGUGUGUUUCCUUUACCAGGUGAUGGUCAAAUUAGAAGUGUGCAUGUUAACACACUGAAUAAGAAAAAUAAGCCACAGUUUGUGCUCCUUUCAGCCAACAAAAGGAAGUUUGUCAUUAAAUGUAUUGACUUGUUGCGGUAUACAUAUUUUUUCCUGUAUUUUAUUCUUCCUUGUACAUUACGCUAUGGCACAAUAUGAAUGCUUUUGAUGGCUGGGUUUUGAACAUAUUAAAAUCUAAAGAGCAGAUUAAAUAACCAGUUUUUAAUUUAACUAAACUGAAAAAGAAUGGUAUUUGACGACUGUCUUCACAUUACUCUAGUAACAAUUUAUCAUCAAAUAAUAAAAAGUGUAUUCGUUUACCUAUUUGGCAGCUUAAGAGUCAUGAGCACUUGAUCCAAGUCCUGAGAUUUUAUUGUCACCUUAGAUAUGAAAAGUGGUGGCAUUAUUAAUUUGUUGCCUUAAGUACCCAUUUUCCAGCAUUCAGCUGAGCAAUACUCAGUAUUUUGGUACAAAAUGGAGUUUUAUGCCUCAUAAGGACUUUACAUUGUCUAAUUCCGUUCACAGUUGACGUCUGCUCUGAAGAUAAUGUGUUCAUUAACUCUUAAUAUACUUGACUGAAUGGAUGGAGAGAUGGAAAUUCUAUUAAAAUAAAGAACAUUUUA